CGGGAAGCAUUCUUUGUCCUUUGGAGUAACUUGUCUACAUCAAGGAUUUGUAUGGUGGUCAGAAUUUUAGUGUCAUGUAGUUACGCACCUAUUGCACCAAAGGAAGUGCUGUUAUGUAGACUUCUGCGGCGUCUUACCAAAAAUACAUACGAGCAUGUUACGGCCCGACCAGUCGUGAACAUAUGGUGCGGAAUGCUGACUCGCUGCAUGUUGUUCUUCAGCUGAGGAUACCUUGCUUCAGGAUGAGUCCUGGCCUCUGUGGGACGGGCAGCAUUGGCACAGAGAGGCGGAAGCUCCUGGUGAUGCCAGGGGAAGUCUUGUCUUUUGCUCUGUGUGAGCUUUGUUCUCACCGUGUUGUGUUAUCCGAAAGAAAAAAACAAAAAAAAAAAAACAACACGGGGAGGUGGUUUACAGGGCAAUGGUGAUGUUGACACAGGCGCUGGUGGCAGAGCAGUCCGAGCAACCGUGAAGAUGCAGGACUGCUUUUCUUGAAACAGACAUCCAGUAUGCUGACUUAUUGGACUUGAACAGGCUCAAGACUUCAGAGGCUGCCGUGUCAGUCAGAGCUCAAGCCCACGGCGAGAGAAGAAAUGGGGAACACGGCGACCAAGUUCCGAAAGGCUCUUAUCAACGGGGACGAGGUGCUAGCCUGCACGCUUUAUGAGACCAACCCACAAUUCAAGGAGGCUCUGGAUCCUAACUCUACAUAUGGAGAGUCCUACCAGCACAACACUCCACUGCACUAUGCUGCCCGGCACGCCAUGGCACGCCUACUCAGGUCUUUUCUGCUAAGCAAGGAUGGCAAUCCUAACAAGCGUAAUGUGCACAAUGAGACAUCUCUGCACCUUCUCUGCAUGGGACCCCAGAUCCUGACCUCAGAGGGGGCGCUGCAGCCGCGGAUCUCACGGCCGUAUGAAGAUGAACAUCGUCGGGCCGAAUGUCUGCAAAUCAUCCUGGUGUGGACCGGAGCAAAGCUGGACCAUGGCGAGUAUGAGACUGCUGAUGUCAACGCUACCGACAACAAGAAAAACACCUGUCUGCACUACGCUGCUGCUUCUGGCAUGAAGACUUGUGUUGAGCUCCUAGUACAGAGAGAAGCAGACCUGUUUGCGGAGAACGAAAACCGCGAGACUCCAUGUGACUGUGCAGAGAAGCAGCACCACAAGGAGUUGGCCCUGCGCCUGGAGUCGCAGAUGGUCUUCUCUCUUGCCCCUGAGGCGGAGGGUAUAGAGGCAGAGUAUGCAGCCCUUGACCGUCGAGAGUUGUAUGAGGGCUUGCGGCCUCAGGACCUGCGGAGGCUGAAGGACAUGCUGAUAGUGGAGACAGCGGACAUGCUACAAGCUCCACUUUUCACUGCUGAAGCACUGCUGCGUGCUCACGAUUGGGACAGAGAGAAGCUCUUAGAGGCUUGGAUGACCAACGCAGAGGAGUGCUGCCAACGCUCAGGGGUACAGAUGCCCAACCCACCUCCAAGCGGUUACAACGCGUGGGACACCUUACCCUCACCUCGGACGCCACGCACCACCCGUUCCUCCGUCACUUCCCCAGACCAAAUCAGCCUCAUGCCUGCUGAUGAGGAGUCUUCUCUGUGUGGCAUCUGCAUGUCUUCCAUCUCCGUCUUUGAGGAACCAGUUGACAUGUCCUGCGGCCAUGAGUUCUGCAGAUCAUGCUGGGAAGGGUUUCUAAACCUAAAGAUCCAAGAAGGUGAAGCUCACAACAUUUUCUGCCCGGCCUUCGACUGCUAUCAGCUGGUGCCAGUAGAGGUCAUAGAGAGCGUGGUCUCCAGAGAGAUGGACAAGCGCUACCUUCAGUUUGACAUAAAGGCGUUUGUGGAAAACAAUCCAGCAAUCCGCUGGUGUCCAGAGGCGGGGUGUGAAAGAGCGGUGCGACUGAACAACCAGGGCCCUGGGACCUCCGCCUCAGACUCUCUGUUCUUUCCCCUCCUUCGGGCCCCUGCUGUAGAUUGUGGAAAAGGCCACCUCUUCUGCUGGGAGUGUCAGGGUGAGGCCCAUGAGCCCUGUGACUGUGAAACCUGGAAACUGUGGCUGCAGAAAGUCAAUGAGAUGAAACCUGAAGAACUGGCUGGUGUGAGCGAAGCUUACGAGGACGCGGCUAACUGCUUAUGGUUGCUCAGUAACUCCAAACCUUGCGCCAAUUGCAAGUCACCAAUCCAGAAAAACGAGGGCUGUAAUCACAUGCAGUGCGCUAAGUGUAAGUAUGACUUCUGCUGGAUCUGUCUGGAGGAGUGGAAAAAGCACAGCUCUUCAACGGGGGGCUACUAUCGCUGCACCCGCUACGAGGUCAUACAGCAGGUGGAGGAACAGUCAAAGGAGAUGACUGAAGAGGCAGAGAAGAAGCACAAGAGCUUUCAGGAACUGGAUCGUUUUAUGCACUACUACACGCGCUUCAAGAACCACGAGCACAGCUAUCAGCUGGAGCAGCGGCUGUUAAAAACGGCAAAAGAGAAGAUGGAGCAGCUCAGUCGAGCCCUGAGUGGAAGGGAAGGCGGCGCACCCGACACUACAUUCAUUGAAGACGCAGUCCUAGAACUCCUCAAGACUCGCCGCAUCCUCAAGUGCUCUUACCCUUAUGGUUUCUUUCUGGAGCCCAAAAGCACAAAGAAAGAGAUCUACGAGCUUAUGCAGACGGACUUGGAGAUGGUGACUGAAGACUUGGCACAAAAGGUUAACAGGCCCUACCUGAGAACGCCUCGCCACAAGAUCAUCCGUGCGGCGUGUCUGGUGCAGCAGAAGAGGCAGGAGUUCCUGGCCUCAGUAGCCAGGGGAGUGGCCCCCAAUGACUCUCCUGAGGCCCCCAGGCGCAGUUUUGCUGGCGGAACGUGGGACUGGGAAUAUUUAGGCUUCGCAUCCCCAGAGGAGUAUGCAGAGUUCCAGUACAGACGGAGACACCGGCAGCAGAGGCGAGGCGACAUGUCCAGUCUCCGUAGCAACACACCUGACCCCGAAGACCUCAGCGACAGCACUUUAGAUCCACAGGAUGUCGGGAGUGGACGUAGACAGGGUCGUCUGAUGGGUCUCGGUUCUUUGGAUGACGACGACCCUAACAUUCUUCUGGCCAUUCAGCUGUCACUCCAAGACUCGGCCAUGGCGGGAGGCAUGUCCACUCACGAGGUCCUUGCCAGCGAAGCCUCUCUCGGCGCGAUUGGCACCUCCUUGCCUUCCAGGCUGGAACAGAGUGCUCCAGGUGUCGAGGUCCUCCACCGAGCUUCUCUGAGCAGCUCAGAGUUGCUGGAGCUGGGAGAUAACUUGGCGAGGCUCGGCAACAUCAGCAGCCAGUACUCCGCAGCCACCGGCGCUUCCAUCUCCGUGCAGCAGCGCGACAGCCAUCACAGGGCGUACCGGGCUUCUGUGCCCAUACCGGUGGCCGCAGGAGGCAGCCGCUCGUCCACGGGCCCCUUCUCCUCCUCCACCGACACGACGGACUCAACCACGUGCGGCAGCCAAGACCCGUCCUCGUCUUCUGCCUUGGCAACAAACGCCAACCUGCUGGGCAAUAUCAUGGCGUGGUUCCACGACAUGAAUCCUCAAGGUAUCACCCUGGUGCCGCCGACGUCCUCCGAUACCGACUCAAACCACGGAGGCGGGGAGGGCUGCCUGCAAGGCGACGAUAAAGGCGCAGUGCUCUCUGAAAACAGGAAACCUCAGGAGGUGAUGGCAGAUGUGGGUUUCUGCUCCCAGAGGCUGAUUGACACCGAGGGCAAGGAGUGUGCUGCUGCUGCAGAGAGGCCAACUCAGUUAGAUCUAGUGGGGCUGGACACCAUGCAGCUACCUUACAUGGCCAACCUCGACACAAGCAGGGAGCCUGCUGAGCGCCGAGGCUCCAAGGGCUGCAACGUGGAGAGUCCGCAGUGUGACUCCGUGUCCGACCAGCUGGCCAGCACCAGCUCCUCAGAGUGGGAAGAGCAAGUGCACUUGGUGUGAUCUGAAUGGCUGAGAUAAGAAGGUUAAGAAGUUUUUUUUUUUUUCUUUAGAAGGUCAAAAACCACUAUAGAUUGCAAAAUAAGUUUAGGAACACGUGUAGCAGCCCAGAAGGAAUGUAUAAAGAAUGUGCCAGUCAGACUCAGCUGGAAAGUGGAGGAAGUAAUAUUUAGACUCGAAGUUCAGUGCAGUCUGACGAGUUUCCUGCAUUUACGAUAUCGUCCUCCUGUGAAGAAGAAAGCGCCUACGAAAGAGAUCACGCUUUCAAGGAGAAGUCUCCUAAAACGAAUCCUGUACUGAUAGACAUAUGUGUAAGUUGCUCUUUCUGAAAUAUGAAACUUUAGCUUAGCAACAGUUUUUUUUUCUUCCACUGGAGUAAAAACUUACUGCAUCAGUCUGGAUCAGGUCUGAAGGAGAUGUUUCACCUGUACAUAGCGAACGUCAAUUAAUGAUUUGCUCCGACAUCCAAUCAGUAGGAAUUCCAGGCAGGGAGAUCGUUCUUGCUCCUGUCCUUACUCUAUAUAGGUGCCAAACACUGAUAGCAAAAGCACAGUUUGCAGUCACCAAGUGGAUUCUUUGAAGCAGAUUGUGCCUGCCUAUUACAAUCUCAAUGACUCAGAUAAAUGUGAAAGUCUCGAGCCAUAUUUUUAUUUGACAUUGCGGCCGAGCGAUGUGUUCACAUCUCACUAGCUAAAAGCUGUAGUGUGCUGUGUGUAGUUUAAAACCAUAAUGGUUGUGUACUUUUUAUUAUGUGAAACAUUCACAUUCAAAAGAAAAGAAAAGAUUAAUUAUUCAACUAAAAAGCAGAUGGCCUGCUCGGAGACAUUUCAAAAUGAACUCGGCGAUGGUUAUUCAUCUCACACGCACUUUGAAUACAAAGUGCUUCAAAAACAACUAAGGCUGACAGGCCCCGAGGGGCCGCUCAGCGCGAGUGCAUUCACACCUGUGUGACAGUGUAGUCUGAAUUCCAUUGCCGCUUGUCUUAAAUUAACGUUUAAGCACCGCAGCUGAACGCGGAGUGUGACCGGCUCCAGUCAACAGUCUUGUUUAGACACAGCAGAGAAGACCAGCGAGACAGAUAAUCAGGCAAUCACAUUCAGACUUGGGCGAAUUCAUUAAUCACGCCCAUGCCACUGUAACUUAUCUCUGGGUUCUGAUUAAGUGUAAUAACAAGGUAAGCCUUCUCAGAUCUCUGCAGUUGUCCGGGACUGCAGGGCAACACAUGAAUGCAGAAUUCAUGAAUGUGUUUAACAUCCGAACAGCGCGGGGAGUCGGUUCUCCACGGCGUUAGACGUACAGUGCCUUUGUGUCAAUCACCAGUCACUUAUUCAGUUCUUUCUCACAGAUUUUUUUUUUUUCUUUUUUGUUUGGAGUGCUAAUUACACAGGAAAAAAAUAACAAAACAAACACCUGUUACCUUAAAGUUAUUUCACAUAAUAACAUAACAUUUUUUUAUAUAUAUAUUUGUAGCAUGAGGCUUCUUGUUGGUCGUAGUGAUAUUGUAGGCAUGGAUGAGACAGAUUUUUAUAUGAUUUGGUAAAAUAGAUUAGCAUCACACUUUCUAAUCUUGAAGUUUUUUUUUUUUUUUUUGCUGGUUUUUGGUGCAGUAACUUCUUUCCCUUGAUUUCACAAUGGCUGUUUUUUUUCCCUGUGGUUUAGAUACUAAAAUCACUGUACUGACUCUGGGAUGAGUUAACCUACUGUUUAUGUUAUUAUACAUCUUACCUGAAGACACUAUAAUGAGCAAAGUUGCAAUAUAAAGUAGGUAUUUAUUUGAAGGUGAGCUGAACCAUUUAAAUCCUGAAUUGUUAGUGAAAUAAAACACACUGAUCAGUGGUCCUCUGAGACUGUAGAGACUAAUGUCCCACCCCCACCACCCCUCCCGUACAGACAUAUAGAGCAGCAUUACAUCGAAAAAAAAAUGUUUGCUUUGACAAGUGUCUUUAAGUUGAGUGCCAUACGGUUAAUGGAGCUAGCGCUGUUGGACUGGUUUGAUGGAAGUGUGUUAAUCAGAGGAGAUGACCCUUUUUGUGUAACAGUAUGCUGUGCAUGCAGUGGAUCCAAGUCUAAAUGGAAUUUAUACUUUGUACUUCACCUGUGAUGCGCAAGUGAUUUAUUUUCAAACGGCAUAUAAUCAUUUUGUAACUCACUGAGAUUUUCUAUUGUAAAGCGACUAAUCCUUGAAAUGCUAUUUGCACUUUCAUAGUCUAUACUUGAUACAUUCCCUCUUUAUAUGAAAAAUGUUUGGUGUGUGAUGCCAAUAAACUAUGUGUCGGGUUUUA